CCGACCAAACCGCACAAGCCCAAUGAUCAAAACAAUGCACGGCAACGAUCCCCACCGCCAUAGAGAAUCACCCAUAAAUCCGAGCAAAGAGGCAUUUUUCCAUCGCAACCGAGUCCACACAACCUAGAAACGCCCAAUUUCAAUUCCAGAUCACGGUCUCCAUGGCCCUCCGCGGGUGGUCGAACUUCGCACCGGAUCUCCUCGUAACCGUCUCCGGCGACCUCACGGAGCUAGCGGACAUCGCCCGCUUCCGCUCCGUAUGCACCACCUGGCGUGACGCGGGAGUGGAUGCAGCGGCCGCGCCUCCAUCGCAGCCCCCGUGGCUCGUUCUCCCGUCCUCCCCGUCGCCGCUCUUCUUCAACCCCUCGGAGGACCGCCUCUACUGCAACAUCCAUCUGCCCGUCCCCACCGCGGACGCCGACCGCCGCCGCCGCCGCCGCCGCCUCUCUGCGUCUCCGCACGGCUGGAUCCUCGCCAUCGACCCCACAGAUCUCGCCGCGUCCCUCCUCCACCCCUUCACCGGCUCCGUUCGCCCCCUCCCGCCGCUCCCCGCCUUCUUCGCGGAGACGGAUGACCUGGCCUGGGACCUAUCCCCGCACAGCGUCAUGGCGUCCUGCGGCGAGGUCGUCCUGGUCUGCGCCCUAGACCCUCUCGCCGACUCCUGGGCCCCAGUCCCCGCCAUGCCCGACUGCAACGUGAGCAGCAUCAACUACGCCGGCGGCGAUUUCUUCGUCUUCGAGGAGGACGCGUGCCGCACCACCAUCGUCGACUCCAUCACCCUCGCGGUCACUGCCGUCAUCCCGCCGCCCCAACUCGACCUCCCCACUGAGGCGCGCGUCGUGGUGGCUGGUGAGGAGCUCUUCCUUCUAGCCAAGUCCAAGUGGUUGUACGUCUUUGGUGAUGGUGCCGACGUGGACUUCUCCAAGGCAUUCUCCGUGAACCACCGGAGCACCUACCCAGUCUGGCAGGACCUCACCAGCAUCGGCGAGCGGGCGCUGUUUGUUGAUCCUCUCCACGGAUUCGCUGUGGGGGCAUCAGGGUUCACGAAUCUUGAAAGCAACACAGUCUACUCGGUGACCACCAAGGAGGCGAGCCGCUCCAGCAGUGUGAAAUACAGUGUAUCGGCUUUCAAUCUGCAGAGCCGGACCACUAAGAAGCUUGAAUGCCGGCUGAACGAGCUUGACAUGGCUCAGCGUAUCGGGGCGGCGGCAUCUUGGAUCAUACCAAGUGUGAAUGAAGGCUGAAUGAAGUCAGGGAACAAGAAGGUCCUCUGUUCUUGUCUGAUGGUGACGAAUGAUAUCUGGCUCGCGGGUCAAAUUCUUGGUACCUUUGCACAUGCCUAAGUUCUGAAGUGAAGUUAAAAUCAACAAGCCUCUUUUAUACGCAUGUUCUUCUUCUGUACCUACAAUCAUUAUACUGUCGUUUAGACGCUCCUAGAUUCUGAUCAGCCUGAAGCUUACUUCUGUGAGAUGUAUUUGCUGCUAGUCUUCUACUCCAAGUUUUAGUGUCCACUUUUAAUGCUCAAGCAGUCGAGCUGAAUAUAGGUUGUCGUGAUAAAGUACUCCAUGAGCUUCUUGAGUUUCAGUAAUCGACUCAGAGUCCCUUUUUAUAUGCGAUUAAUUGAAUCAGACUCUCAGAAGCUGGACAAUUGGAACAAUUUCUUUGUAUUUUCAUAAAAUACGAUGGGAAUGAAACUUUAUAUGCAUUUGUUGCCA